AUUCUAUGUUACACAUACCGGACGUUCCAUUUACCUUUCUGUUUCCUCUGCUAAUGACGCUGACCUGAAAUUAUCAACGUUGUCGUACAGAUUUGAACAACGGUUUUGAUUUUGAACAUUUGCCUGAAGAUGACAGACCGCUACAACAUUCACAGCCAGUUGGAGCAUCUUCAAUCUAAAUACAUUGGAACAGGCCAUGCGGACACCAGCAAGUGGGAAUGGUUGGUGAACCAACAUCGGGACUCAUACUGUUCAUAUAUGGGCCACUUUGACCUGCUGAAUUACUUCUCUGUUGCUGAGAAUGAGAGCAAAGCCCGUGUGCGCUUCAAUCUCAUGGAGAAGAUGCUGCAGCCCUGUGGCCCACCUUCGGACAAACCUGACGAUGCCUAGGCUAAGGACUUCAACUGACAAGAUGUGGAUUUUAUUGUUUGGCUAUCCAUCAUGUUGAUAAGAAGUAAUGUUUGAGGUUGGAGAUGCAUGAAAUGGAAGAAAUGUUGACGAACGAUGCAUCAGUUUCUCUUUCCCCCCCACCCAUUUGAUAUUUGUUGUUUGCCUUAAGAAUUUGCAUAGAAAAUAAACAUUGAGAAGAA